CACUUAUUGAGAUACCCACUAUCUAAACCACCACAAACCCCACUCCAUUCAACACAAACCAUGGACGAAAAUGGCGGAGACGCAAUGGAAACCGAGACCAACACCACCAACGGCACCGCCGGAAAGUGUCUGAGCAGCUUCGUAGACGACGGCACCGUCGAGAGCCACCGCUACUACCUCUCACGCAGAACCCUCUUAGAGAUGCUCAGAGACAGAGGCUACGAUGUCUCCAAUUCCGAAAUUGAUCUCACCCUCCGUCAGUUUCGUGACCUCCAUGGUCAAGAUAUCGACGUUGACCGUCUUCGAAUCAGUGCUUCUCAUGUUUCCGAUCCUGAAAAUAAGGUUCUAGCUGUUUUUUGCGGGACCGGUGUGGUGAAAGUGAAUUCAAUCCGUUGGAUUGCGACACAAAUUAUGAAUAAAGAGAGUUUAAGCCGUCUGAUUAUAGUAGUUCAAAAUCACAUUACAAACCAGGCUCAGAAAGCGGUUGAUCUUUUCCCAUUCAAGGUUGAAAUAUUCCAGAUAACUGAUUUGCUUGUUAACAUUACAAAGCAUGUGUUGAAGCCGAAGCAUCGGGUCAUGACAGAUAAAGAAAAAGAAAAACUCUUGAAGAAGUUUAAUUUGGAUGAGAAACAGCUUCCAAGAAUGUCACAAAAGGACGCCAUAGCGCAAUAUUACGCGCUGGAAAAAGGACAGGUGAUUGAAGUCACUUACAACGGUGAAAUAACGGGGUUGCAUGUUACUUACCGUUGCAUUUGGUGAUCUAGUUUGCUAAUAAUAAUAAUCGAAUGACUCUGUGUGUUUGUAUGCUAGUUAUCUUCAAAUAUUUUCUCUGUAAUCGUGUUCUAGGGAUAAGCUUAGCUUGUUUGUUUGUUGAAUAAUGUAGGAGGUUAAAGAACUUCAUAAGUUAAUUUGGGUCAUUAAGCAUGCAGGUUUUUAUUGUUCA